UGGUUGUCCUCCAAUUCUGCAUAUCAUAUCAACUCCCCUUCAACUGAUAACAGGUCGUAAUCCAGAGGUUAUUGGCAUACUCUUACAUGGUCAUCUUGGCCUCUGGGUGGUGCACUGUAUCAUUAGACCAACUAUCCUCAUCCAUUUGCAUCGACACACUCACUGGCUGUAUAUAACACGCAUCAUUCCCCUCAAAUCCCCCCCCGCUACCUAUCUCAAAUCGGGACAACUCGGACUACGGAGUACAUUAGUUCUCGAGCACCAAACAGCUCUUGAGAGGACAGUUUCUUAUGAUACCUACCUCCAAGCGAAUGCCAACGGGCUUAAUGAGCUAAGACUCGGACUAAAAAGAUCGAGCUUCUAAUUAGAUGCUUCUCUAGCAUCAACGAUUCCUCGGCCUACCUACAAACUGGGUCUACUCUUCAUGUUCCAGAACUCGAGGUAGGGAAAUCUCAUUGUGGCCGUCCCUUGAUCUUCACCACACCAUCAGUUUCUAGCCAGGCCUACACAACUGAAUCCGAGGCCAUGGAUAAGCAUGUCGAUCGAUUGGCCGACAAGACUUGGGAACUCUUCCAAAAAUGUGACCUGUCUCAACGGCUCUUGAUAGCCAUCUCUGGCAUCCCCGGCAGCGGCAAGACGACUCUGGCGGCCAGUGUGGCAUCGGGCGUCAACAAACGGUACCACCAUGACCAACAUAGCAAAUUCCCAAAUUCUCCCACCUCGGCCGACUCGUCACACCCAGACAUUGCAUUUGUGAUUCCGCUGGACGGGUACCACCUGACGCGCAAGCAGUUGUCAGAGAUGCCCAACGCAGAGGAGGCCAUUUUCCGGCGCGGGGCGGCCUUUACAUUUGAUGCACAGAGCUACCUGGGGCUAGUGGCCAAAGUGCGACGGCCGAUCUCGCCGGAGACGCGGACGAUCUACGCGCCGAGUUUUGACCACAAGGUCAAAGACCCCGUGGCGAACGAUAUAGCGAUCCCGCCGACGGCGAGGAUCGUCAUCUUCGAGGGCCUGUACACGGCGCUAGACGCCGAAGGAUGGCGCGAUGCCUACGCCCUCAUGGACGAAGUCUGGUUCGUCGAAACCGAUAUCGACACCGCCACUGAGCGAGUCGCAAAGCGUAACUUUGCCGCCGGCAUCUCCUCUUCCUUCGAAGAAAGCCUCAAGCGCACCCAGGAAAGUGACAUGCGCAACGCGAUGGAAGUCAUGGCCAAUCGCCUCCCCGUCCAGGAAAUCAUCGUCAGCCAGCACGACGACUCCUGGCUUAGCGAGGACGUCAUCAAGGUCGAGGGUCAGAUCGAGGAGGAAUUUGCUCGUGGCGACUACGAAGCUGACGACGACGAUAUACGGAAAAAGAGGAUGCUGAGAAUGGAUAGCAUUGCUGCGCUCGCCGCCGACGGUGUGGGUAUGUGAAUGUGAAUGGGUACGAGUAUUUUGGUGAUCUAGUACGGUAUCCCACAGAGUGUUGGUGGUUCAGGAGAUUGAAGCAUUUAGACGAGAUCAACACUGCGUGCCUAUCAUGGCCAGGAACCGUCAUACCCGUUAUUUAAGGAGAACUCCCACAACGGCUCACACACACGUCGACACAGCAAGACAAGAUGUAAAGAAUGAAUGACACAAGUCCCACUUCGGGGCAACCAAUUGACGGAUCGAUUGUCACGGCCGUGGACCUGGCAUAACUACAGUAUAACAGAGUGUGACAUGGCCGGAAAAUGGUCAUUUUGCCCUCCCUCUACUCCUCCCAUCGUGACGUUUUCCUUGCGCUGUACAAAAAUUGCGCCGCAUGUCGCCGGUACGAAAAUGGAAGCAUGGCAAAGAAGGGCCCAGCCGUUUCUUUGUCGGUGAUGAUUAGAAAGCCAGGUAUGGCUGUUGAGAAAAGUGGCUUUUGGGUGUGACGUUGGAGGGUGGUAGCGAUGGCGAUGGCGAGGGUGAGAGUGAGAGCGACAGGCUUCGU